UAUUAUUUUACAAUACCCACAAUUAAACAAACAUAUGUUAUAAAAAAAUUGCGACUAUUACUUUUUCAGAAGCUCCACGUUUUGACAAAUUAUUAAACCAUGAAGUUAAUUUUCUUGUUUAUAUUUUUGUUAGGAAUUUCAAGAUCAGAAGAAGCACACUCUAAUUCUCGCAUUAUUGGGGGAGAAACUGCUCAUAUCAGUCAGUACCCCUUUACUGCUGCCAUUACUGUUCAAACCAAUACCGGUCGAUAUUUCUGCGGAGGUGCACUAUAUUCACAGGAAUGGAUAAUAACAGCAGGACAAUGUGUCGACGGGGCAAUACUAUUUACUAUUCAGUUAGGUUCCACCAAACUAACAGAAGAAGAUCCAAAUCGGCUAACUGUGGCCACGUCUGAAUAUGUUCUGCAUCCAGAAUAUAAUCCGCUUACUCUGGAGAAUGAUAUAGGACUUAUUAAGUUACGAAUGCCGAUAGAGUUUACAGAUUAUAUUAGACGACUUCUUCCUCUGGCAUUGCAUGAACUACCAGCCAAACCCGAUCUUCGAAGUAUUGGAUGGGGACAAACUUCUGAUUCAAAUUCUUCACUGUCUGAAGAUCUACAAGUUGUAAGAGUAGCUUCUAUAACAAACGAUGAAUGUAAGAUUGUAUAUGGAAAUCAAAUCACUGAUAAAAUGGUUUGCGUUGUUGGUAACUAUAAUGAAGGUGCUUGUCAUGGCGAUGUCGGAAGUCCCUUGUUGGAUGCUUACAGUAGAUAUACUGCGAUUCAUGUUGGAAUUGCCAGUUUUGUAAGCAGUAAUGGCUGCGAAUCAACUGAUCCGUCAGGAUAUACCAGGAUUUAUGGAUAUGUUAACUGGAUUACUGAAGUUACUAGAUAAAAAUGGUAUCCUUAUGUAAAAUAAAAGUUUGAAGAAAGUAA